CCGAGCCGAACCGAGCCGAGCCCCCGGCACCGCCGGUCCCUUCCUGCUGCCGCGGUGAGUGCUGCGGGCGGCGGGGCGGGGGGAGGCGGCGGGCGCGGGCCCCCCCUGCCCGGCGGCGGAGCCCGUGCGCCCCGUCGCGGUUCCCCCCGCCGCCGGGAAGAUGCGGAACAAGGGCAGGAAGGAGAGCCUGUCCGACUCCCACGACCUGGACGGCUCCUACGACCAGCUCACGGGCAACCCGCCGGGCCAAACUAAAAAAGCGCUGAAGCAGCGAUUCCUCAAACUGCUGCCCUGCUGCCGGCCCAAAUCCAUCCCCUCGCUCAGCGAAAGCAACGUUGAGGAUGAGUUUGAGCUCUCCACCGUCUGCCACCGCCCUGAGGGGCUGGAGCAGCUCCAGGAGCAGACCAAGUUCACCCGCAAAGAGCUGCAGGUCCUGUACCGAGGCUUCAAGAACGAGUGCCCAAGUGGCAUUGUCAAUGAAGAAAACUUCAAGCAGAUCUACUCACAGUUCUUCCCGCAGGGAGACUCCAGCACGUACGCCACCUUCCUCUUCAAUGCCUUCGACACCGACCAUGACGGCUCCGUCAGCUUUGAGGACUUUGUGUCUGGGCUGUCCACCAUCCUACGGGGCACCAUUGAUGACCGCCUGAACUGGGCUUUCAACCUCUACGACCUGAACAAAGACGGCUGCAUCACCAAAGAGGAAAUGCUGGACAUCAUGAAGUCCAUCUAUGACAUGAUGGGCAAAUACACCUACCCAGCCAUGCGGGAAGAAGCACCCCGGGAGCACGUGGAGAACUUCUUCCAGAAAAUGGACCGAAACAAGGAUGGUGUGGUGACAAUCGAGGAGUUCCUGGAGUCCUGCCAGAAGGAUGAGAACAUCAUGCGGUCCAUGCAGCUCUUUGACAGCGUGAUUUAGCUCCCGGACCUGCCUCCAGCUGAGCUCUCCUGCCACGGGGCCCAGAAUCUGCUUCUCUCUUGACUUUUCCUUCAAGCCUCGUCUCCACCGGCUGCACAGACACCUCCAUGACAAUGGGCCUCCCUUCCCAGAGACACGGUUGGCGCUGGGAUGCUCCCUUCCCCCUGGGCUGGCUCCGCUUUCCUUGGGGGAUCCCAAGCAGGUGCUUCUGGACAUUGGAGCACGGGCAUGGAUGACACGGGGCGAGCAUUUGGCCUGGAUGGAGCUCCCUGCACCCGCUCCCAGCAGGGAAACCGCAGCCUUUGGCUGUGAUAGAGAUUUCCCCCCAUGCACAGCUCCCCGUGCAGCCACAGCACCCCAGCCCUGACCCCCCUCAGCCCUGGGAGCCCCCAGCACUGGCUCAGCCCCAACCCU